AUGUUUAUUCUGACCAGUGAUCCAGGUGAGAAGCCGCUGGACAGCAUUCCCAAACUGGCCGAGAGCUUCCCAGGCCAUGUCGACAUCCCUCGACUGAGGGAGGGUAGACUCGGGGGUGCGUUCUGGACGGUCUGGGCCCCGUGCUAUGACAUUGUAGGAGAGGAUCCCGGGCCGGAUUUCAACACGCCGACCAGCGCCCUCCGAGACUCGUUGGAGAUGCUCGACCUGAUCCAAAACAUGAUCAAGCAGCACCCAGACCAUCUGCAGUUCGCGCACUCUUCGCAGCAGGUUAAGGAAGCGUUUGCAGCGGGCAAGAUCGCCUCGCUGAUCGGCAUGGAGGGGACGCAUCUGCUGGGAAACUCGCUCAGUGUGCUCCGAGUAUUCGCCCAACUGGGCGUCCGGUAUCUGACUUUGACACAUACUUGCCAUGCCUCGUUUGCAUCUUCGGCCGGCGCCGGCGCCCCGCUCGCGGAAGUGCAUCCGGGCAACGGCCUGACCGAUCUCGGGAGGGAGCUGAUCGGCGAGCUGAACCGGUUGGGCAUCAUGGUCGAUUUGUCCCACACGUCAGACGCCACGGCGAAGCAAGCCAUUGCCUUGUCUAAGGCACCCGUGGUCUGGACACAUUCGGGGUCUCGGGCGCUGUGGGAUCAUCCGCGGAACGUCCCCGACGAUAUUCUCCGCUUGAUUGGAGACGGGCCAGACAAGAACAAUGGAGUCGUUCAGUCCGUCUUCUACCCUCCCUUCAUUGGGCCUCCUGAUGCGGCGAAUGUGUCGCGGGUGGCCGACCACAUUGAGCAUAUCGCUGGCAUUGUCGGUAAGAAACAUGUGGGCAUUGCAUCGGAUUUUGACGGCAUGUAUGCGUCGGUCGAGGGACUUGAGGACGCCAGCAAAUACCCUAAUCUGGUUGCCGAGCUCCUUGCGAGAGGCUGGGCCGAGGACGAGCUGCGCGACGUGAUGGGGGGGAAUCUGAUGCGCGUGAUGGACGCAGUCGAUGCUCUCAAGGAACAGCUGGUCGAUGAGCUCCCCUCGUCUGCUGUUUGGGAAAAGCGAACAGACCUUCCUGCGACCAGCUGGGGCGGCAACAAGGACAGUGGAGCACCGUCCUAUUUUCCGCUUGAGGUUCAAAGCACCAUCGCUGAACUGUAUCCACGACACGACGAGCUAUGA